AUGAUGGUAGAUAUUUUGUUGGAGGAGGAUGAAAAACUAUUGUCUUCGCUAGCGCUUCAAAAUCGAGAUAUUUUGCUCACAGAACAGGCCCGAAAAAUGUUUUUAUUAUGCGAUCAUAAUGGGAAGGGAUUUGUGAUAAAAAUGGAUUUGGCUCGUAUUGAUGGGAUGAUACCAAAUAUAUCACAGCAACAACUGGAACUAUUUUUUGAUAAUGCAGAUAUUUUUAAAACCAAUUAUAUUACUGAAAAUCAAUUCAUUGAGAAUAUCAAACCUAUGCUUCUACGAAGUGCCUUCAAUGAUUCGCACCUAACAAAGAAGUCAAAAGAAGGGCUGUAUUUAACAGGAAGUGAUGGAGUUUUAGAAGAGAAUGAUGGGAAAGUAAUGAAGAAAAAUGAAAAAAAGAAAGAGAAGGAAAUGAGUGGAAGUGUGAUGGAUUUUGAUCAAAAGGAAAUGAAUGAAGGAACAAAAUCAACUCGACGAAAAUCGAUUUCUGCUGUAACUGUUACAGAAGUUGACAAAACAUUGCCGAAUGAAAAGCCAUCCGAAAUUAUUGAACAACGAAAACAAAACUGUAGUGGACAUGAUAGGGAUCGUGACCAAAAGCAUCAAGAUUUACAACAUCAGGAAAUUUAUGAUUUUACUGGUUCAUUGAAAGACGAGCUCUCUGUAGCAGCAAUUGGAACGGAUGGCAAUGAAACAUUUCAUCAGGCAGUGGAACCAAUAACCGAUUAUCCAUUUACUGUAGAGAACACGGAUCUGUCAUCGCAAUGUGAUCUUCCAACGGAAUCAUCAACGGAAAUAAAGCAAAAUUUCAAGGGGCUGGACGAUUUCCGAAAGCGGAAUAGGAAAACGACAAGUGAACAAGAUUUCCACAAAUGUAUAUAUUUCCCGGACAUGAAAUUAUCACCCGAAUCUCGAUCACUGGCUAAUCCACGGCCAGAUUUCUUGCCAGAUCGUAUAUUCAAAGUAGUUUUUGUGGGUGAUUCGGCUGUUGGUAAGACUUGCUUCCUACAUCGAUUUUGUCACAAUCGAUUCAAACUUCUUUUUAAUGCUACCAUUGGAGUUGACUUUACUAUUAAAACAAUCCGUCUGUGUGAUCGCAUUGUUGCUGUGCAGUUAUGGGAUACCGCUGGACAAGAAAGAUUUCGAAGUAUAACAAAACAGUAUUUUCGAAAAGCGGAUGGUAUCAUAUUAAUGUAUGAUGUAACCUCAGAGCAGUCUUUUUUAAAUGUUAGAAAUUGGAUUACUUCCGUAAAAGUUGGCGUGGACGAAAGUUGUGUAAUGUGUUUGGUUGGGAACAAGGUUGACUUGUUUGCGAAUGAUAAGGACAGAGUGCUUACUUACAAACAUGGCAAAAAACUUGCUGAAGAAUUUGGUAUGAUGUUUUUUGAAACGAGUGCUUUUAAUGGUUUUGGUGUUAACGAUUGCAUGAGGGCUGUUGCUAUGUAA